AUGUUGGCACGAGAGAAGCCUCAGCCUGCAUAUUUCAGCUCGCAAUGCGCCCAUAAUUUCGUCUUUGAGAUCAUGGACAACGACACCAAAGCCAGUAUUUACCACUCUACCCCGUACAUGGCCGCCGGAUCGGCGAUGAUGAGCUUCAAACCCAUCAGCGCAAUUCAUCAGCAUCUUUGCGCAUUCCAUGUGUACUCGCAGGAUCGCACACGACACCUGGAAGCACACCAUUAUUGUACUCACCUUUCGCACGACUUUCACCAAUGCAUCAUCUACGACUCGGACAAACCCAAUGCCAAACUCAUCGGAAUUGAGUACAUUGUGUCAGAGGAGCUCUUCGACACUCUACCCCAAGACGAGAAGAAAUUCUGGCACUCACAUCAAUACGAGGUCGAAAGCGGUUUCCUGCAGAUGCAAACCGUGGACCUUGUCCCGGGUGUAGUCAACGACGUUGCCGAACAGCCUGCAAUGCUUCAAAUCCAGAAGACGUAUGGCAAGACCAUUCACACAUGGCCUGUUGACACAUCCCCGGACCUCCCUAUCGGACCACCCAAUAUUAUGGUCUCGUAUACCACAGACGGCCAAGGUCCCCCGCCUGACUUUGUCAAGGCAAGAGACGAGAGGUGCGGGAUGGACACAGACGCGAAGAGGAAGCUCAGAGCGGGUUACCUUCCUCCCUACAAGAAGAGAGCAGACGCGGAUCAGUGGGAGAAGACUGGGAAGGGCCUGGUGUUCGAGCCGAAGGAGGUUGAUUAUAAGCCAUACACAGGUCCGUGA